AUGAGAAAGAUACAAAUAGCUUGGGUAACGCCCAGAACUGACAUCACAUGGCGGUUAGUUAGAAUGAAUAACUCUACCAAUAAGAGGAGGCCACGUAUCACACUCACAAGAGACGGUCCCCAUGAUCCGUUCGUAGCAGAAUUCCACCAACACACUUUUACAUGUCUUCACCUUCACAAUUACCCAAAUCCAAAACCCUAUUCAUUCAUUCGUCCAACGCUUUCAACGAUGGUCAAUACCCAGAAAAUGGGUUUAAUUUGGUUCAUACCCAUUCUCUGUCUCCUAUUUUCUCCAUCAAGUGCAGAGAUUGCAGCUAAACCAGGGGUAAACUAUGGGCAACUCGGAAACAACCUCCCUCAUCCGAAGAAAUCCGUCGAGCUCAUCAAAUCCCUAAAAGCCGGCCGAGUUAAGAUCUACGAUGCGAACCCGAAAAUCCUUAAGGCACUUGCGAACACCAAUAUCCAAGUAUCGAUAAUGGUGCCAAAUGAAAUUAUCACAGCUAUGGCGCCUAAUCAAUCGCUAGCAGACGAAUGGGUCAGGUCCAAUGUCGUCCCCUUUUACCCGAAGACCAUGAUCCGUUACCUUCUCGUCGGCAACGAGAUUCUCUCGCAGCCCGAUAAUGUCACCUGGUUCAAUCUAGUUCCGGCGAUGCGACGGAUCCGGAAGUCAUUAGUUUUCUACAAACUCAAAAAAAUCAAAGUCGGUACACCUCUGGCCAUGGACUGUUUAGAAGCUUCGUUCCCGCCGUCCAGUGGGAAAUUCCGGUCAAGUGUAUCGGAGUCUGUUAUAAAGCCAUUGUUACAGUUCAUCCACCGGACUAAAUCCUUUUUCUUCAUCGACGUUUACACUUAUUUUGCUUGGGUAUACGACCCGGUCAACAUUAAGCUCGAUUAUGCUCUGCUUCAACCGAAUGUUUCAACCUACACCGAUCCUAUUACCGGGUUGAUGUACACUAAUUUGUUGGAACAGAUGCUUGAUGCUCUUUACUUCGCCAUGAAAGACGCCGGGUACCCAGAUACCAGAUUAUUCAUCGCGGAAACAGGAUGGCCAAACGGCGGCGAUAUUGACCAAAUCGGUGCAAAUAUCUACAACGCCGCCAUCUACAACCGGAAUGUAAUCAAGAGAUUCACCGAGAAACCACCGAGAGGUACGCCGUUGAAACCCUUUGUCGUCUUGCCGUCGUUUAUAUUCGCUUUAUACAACGAGAAUCAGAAAACGGGUGCUGGUACUGAACGGCAUUUCGGGUUAUUAUACCCGAACGGAACGAAUAUUUACGAGAUUGAUUUGUCGGGUAAGACGGCGUUGUCGGAGUUCAAGAAGCCGUUGCCGGUGCCAACGACUAAUGAGCCGUUUAAGGGAAAGAUUUGGUGCGUGGCGGCGCGUGGCGCUAACAGAACAGCGCUCGCCGGAGCUCUAUCAUUCGCGUGUGGACAGGGUAACAGCACUUGUGACCCGAUCCAACGGGGUGGGAAAUGCUUCAAACCCGAUUCGCUGACGUGGCAUGCGAGCUAUGCAUUUAGCUCUUAUUGGGCCCAGUUCAGGAAAUCUGGUGGAUCUUGUUACUUUAAUGGGCUUGCGACCCAAACAGCCAAAAAUCCAAGUUUUGGAUCAUGCAAGUUCCCUAGCGUGACCUUAUGAGUUUUUUUGGAUAGCGAAAAUUGACAAAAGUGUUUUUUUUGGUUAGUUUAUGUUGUAUCAUUGUAUGUUUCUUUUUGGAUUGCGGAACAUUAAUCUAUUGUCGCAAAAUUAGUCUUAGUUUGACCGUCUUGGAAGUCUUUUCUUAUAUUUUAACCAGCAGUG